AUGCAGAUCUUUGUGAAAACUUUAACAGGAAAAACCAUCACCUUGGACGUGGAAUCAUCCGACACGAUCGAGAAUGUAAAGGCGAAAAUACAGGACAAAGAGGGAAUCCCCCCCGACCAGCAGAGACUGAUAUUUGCCGGCAAACAAUUGGAAGACGGAAGAACCCUAUCCGACUACAACAUCCAGAAGGAAUCCACCUUACAUUUGGUCCUGCGUUUACGAGGUG